AUGGUAUAAACCCGGUAGUGUUGAAAGCUGAGCUCGUCGGUGCUGGUUCUUGUUGUCGGGGGAAAUUUUUAGUCGGUGGAGAUUUAAUCCUGCUGUCUGCUCCCCGUGUAGCGGUCUGAUAAAGAGGUCGCUUUUCUCUGCGUCUCCGUUAUUUUUGUAGCGAAACGGUCGUUAAUUCCCCCCGGUCCUCCCGCCAUGGCUCUGCGCGGCAGCGUUGGGGCCUCGGCGUUACCCAGCGAGCUCAUCGUCCACAUCUUUUCGUUCCUGUCGGAGCGGGACAAGCUGCGGGCCUCGGCCGUGUGCGCGCGCUGGAGGGAGUGUCUGUUCUACCCCGCACUGUGGAGCGAGCUCAAACUGCGCUUCGGUACCGGAACCGGGUCAGGACCGGGACAGGAAGAGGACACCCCGCGGCUCGAGUUCCUCAUGAGACGGUUCGGCUCGUUCGUGCGCGAGCUGCAGCUGGAGUUCGGGCCGCUGGACGCGUGCGGGGGAGAACCGCAGAGUCACGAGCGCUGGAGGAGCGCGAGCCAAACCUACCUGCAGCACGUGCUGUGUGUGUUCAGCAGCCUGAGGAACAACAGGAAUCUGCAGAAGCUCAGUGUGUACGGAGACACGUUCGUUCUUCAGGAUGAUGUUCUGCAGGACGGCUCUUACCUCAACCAGGUCGACCGAGGAGGCAAGAAAAUUAAAGAGAUCCAGCAGCUGUUUGAAGACUUCCUGUCGAACAGCAGACAGUUGAAGUGGCUCUCGUGUUCCUUCAUGCCAGGCGUUUUAACGCCACACUCUCUGUCCUCGCUGUCCAACCCAAGUGCUGAGACUCUGCAGCACCUGAGUCUCCUGGACCACCAGACCUCCAGCCUGCUGUCGUCCUCAGAGCUGCAGCGUCUCUCCAGCUUGCGCUCGCUCUCCAUCGACUACUGCGACUUCUCCUCCUCUAUGUGCCAGCUGUUAGCAGACAUCAACCGAGCACCGCUGUUGCGUUUAUCUUUACUGCUCAACGGCGCCGCCCUGGAGGCUAGCUCUCUGGACUGCACCGCGUCCGAUUCAGACUUGAAGGCUCUGACGAGGCGAAACGCAGACCUGCGAGUGUUCCUGAUGGUGCUGGAUGUGUGUGAUGACGUGCUGGAGAGCGUCCUGAAGCCCAGCCUGCCUCUCGAGCGGAUCCACGUGGACAGUUACAACGCGCCACUCGGCGACACCGUCCUCGAGCGCGUCUCGCUCCAGUACCACAAAACGCUCACACACUUCGUCCUGACGAGAGACGACGGACGAUUCCCCGACCUCAGUGGGAACAGAAACGAGGAUCCACUGGUGCUGCUGGCGUGGCGUUGUGUUCAUCUGUCUGUGCUCGUCAUCCACGGUUAUACGGUGUGGUCUCACAACCUGGUGGCCAUCUCUCGGCUGCGUGGCUCCAGUCUGCUCGUCCUGGACGUUUCGGAGGAGAGCAUUGACUUCGACCCGGACCAGGCCCUGUUCUCUAAAGGCGAUUCGGUGCAGACGCUGGUGAAAGAGGUGUCGCAGGGUCUGGGCCGCGCCUGGCAUCCCUCCGUCGCCACGGAGAACAGCGCCAUAGUCAACGACCCCACACUGCACUUCCACCGCGAGAUGCAGAGCUUCAGCGAGAACAUCUAGUCUCUCUCUCUCUCUCUCUCUCUCUCUCUCUCCCCUUUAUUUUUUUUCCCUUCCCUAGUGUGUGUUAAUGCUGUGUGUUGAUUUGUUCUGCUGAUCACGUGCCCACUGUGAGGUCCUCUACGCUCUUCUACAUGCUCGUUCACAUGUUUACGUUCACGUAGCGUGCGUGUGUCUGAACGAGCUGCACUUCCACCUCCAGUGACGCGAUGCGCUCUCAUUUUUACACCUUUUUAUAUAUUUUCCACCCCGUUAUAGUGAAAGUGCUCUUUCUGUAUGUAACGCUGCUCUCACCUCCACUACGAGGCAGUACAAGUGUAAAAUUGCUUUCCUGCUUUUCCUUCUCCUUUAUCUCUCCAUUUCUUACCCUCGCGGUGGGACUUAACACUCUGUACGUAAUGCCAGUUACAUCUUUUUUUAUUUCUUUUUAUUUCCUGUGUGAACGAAUCCACUGUAUUUGUAUGUGCCGUGUUUAACCAGUAUUAUUAGCGCUAUAUAUUUAUAUCGGUCUAUAUAUUCUGCUUAUGGAUAGCCGCCCAAGUUUAGUAGCUGAUGAGUGGACGCUGGAGAGGGUCUUUAUUGUUAUUUUUUUUAAUCGCUUCGUUCUAAAAUCUCAAUCUGGAGUUACCUCAGACUAUCAGCUCCAUCACGAUCAAGCGGGAAAGUCUUCCAGCUGAGUGCAAGAAGCUGAGAGAUGAUUGGCUGGAACCUGGCAGCCUUGCACUCUGUUCAUCACUUCCUGUUGGUUAGAUUUCUCAGUAAUAAUGUUGAUGGCGGUGGUGAUGGGAUUUUUUUUUUUGGAAGUGUACACUUUGGCCGAGCGUUUCUGAUCGAAGACGCUUCACGAAGAGUCCUUUAGCACAAUAUCGGGACUCUCGCUCAGUCUCAGGUAGGAGAUCGGAGAUAAGUUACUUUGAAGGUUUUCAAUCAUUCUGUGGUCGGUUUGUUUUUAAUUUGAUUAUCCUUCCGAGAUCUCGGGUCACAGGAUCUCAAUAUUUUUCCUCUAUGAGCCGAGCUGUUUGUUGUUUGAGCUCUUCCAGACUACACACACCUUUGUUGGUGGGGGAGAGAUACUUUUAUGGGCUUUCUGUCUUUGCUAUUUUAAAGGUCCUGCAGGGAAACGGGGAAACAUCCUGCUUGGUGUUUUUAGUGUUAGAACAUGGACGUUAAACUCCAGCCUUCUGAAAAGGUGCACUUUUUUUUUUUUUUUUCCUUCAAAUGACAUUUGAAAGAAAUGUCUAGAAUCGAUGUUGUAAGUGAACGAAGCACGCGUUUCAACGCUUCCUCUUGGAUUUCGCUAGUCGCGUGCUGACAUCUCAUCUCAUGCUGUCACUGGGCAGUUUCAUCCUCGGCUGAGAAGGACGCGAAGCCAAAAGGAAACGGCUGUCUAUGUUUCACCGUCUGUAUCGUGCUGCCAAAAAUCUUUAAGCGAUAAUGAUAUUGUGUGAUGGAAACAUCAUGAUGCAUAGUAUAAUCGGUUAUCAGCACGUGCCUAGAUGAAGAAGCCAUGCAGGAAAAAAAAACCCCUGUUUUAAUUAUAUUUUGUUCUUGUAAUCGCAGUAUCUCAAGUGUGUAAGGUAGAACAUCAGCCGAAACAAGGCGAAUCCUGCAGUGUGUGCGUGCGUGCACGCAUGUUUUGGUUAUGCUUUGAUCUGCAGCGUGUGCAUGAGUGUUUGUUUGUUUGAGGAGGAGCCGCUUAAAACCCUGCAUGCCGAUUAGUGCGAAUUUCCCCGAGCCAGCUUUCUAUUUUAGUAUCGUACCAAAAACCUAGAGAAGCGUUUUUCCUUGAGUGGCUUUUUUUUUUGUCAUUGUACGAGUUGGAUGGAGAAGAAUGCUGAAAGCGCUAAGGCAUCUGUGCCGUGCCUAAAUCAAACUAGCUUUCAUGCUUGUGUUUUGUGUGUAAUGUUACUGACAUGGUGUAUUUAAAGUAUCGUGUGUGUGUGUUUUUGUUUUUUUUGUCGUCGGAGCAGAAGGUGUGAACCACUUUUUUUUUUCUCAGCGGUGAACAGGAAACAGCCGUUCUCAGGGUGCGUGUGUAUGUGGGCAAAAGCGCAGGUUCAGCUCAGGCCUCUUUAACUGUGCCGAAUCAUCACGGCUCACAACAUUAUCACGAUAUCGCGUUUAGGUGCAUGUCGGUUGGAAGGAAAAGAUGGCCGUCCUCAUGCCAAUCGGAUGGAGUCUGUAAUUGUAAGAUCUCUGUGAUGAUGUAUCAUGAGCAGAUGGGUAAGGGUUUAGCAUUGAUCAUGAGCCUGCAUCUGCUGACGUUAAAUACCAAGAGGAGAAUUUAUGGUGACGUAUCGUUGCAUCAAUUUAUCGGUGUAUGUCUACGCGAAAAAAAGAAAAAAGCGAGUCACUGGAAUUUCAUUUUGUCGGCUGCCAAAGAUCUCGGAGACGCCUCGGCUCGGUUCUCGACUUAUUUCCUGCCGCUCCGGGGCUACGAAUGAGGCAUGUUGGGGUUCCACAGCUGUGCUGUGGCAUUGUUAUUCCGGGUUAACACCAGUAGAUCUCUCGUAUAUAAAUGCACCUGUUUUCACUGUGAAGAGCGAAUGUACUUUAACCUGAGGUCCUUCUAUCAGACCUGCUAUAAGCUGCUAUGAGACGUGUAAGGAACAUUCCACUGGGGAGUCGAUAAAACACGGCCAAAUGUCUGCAUGAAAUACAGAUACCCUUCUCCCUUUUUUUUCUUUUCUUUUUUUUCCUUUCUCUGAUUUGGAUCUGAGAGUCAGCAGGUGACUGGGAGUGAACAUUUACAGUAACGGUGCCUCAGUUUUGCUAUGUGGAAAGGAGAUUUGUAUUCUUCCUAGAGCAGUUAAUGGGUCUUUUUUCAUUUCAUUCGCAUGUGUUUGGGUGCGUAGUAAGCUCGCGCAAGCCAGUGAGACAAGAAUGAUUGGAAAAAACACCUCUGUAAAGGCUCUCGGCUGGUUUAGUGUUUCGACCACAUCAAAACAAACUAUGCAAGUGGAAACGUGUACGAUGCAGACGAUCCAGUGGCUCUGAACCAUUUUUCUUUCGGUUACUUAAACGGAAACGUCACACGCAAUUACACUUGGCCUUAUUCUCUUCUUCUUAAUAAUAUGACUUCUUAUUGUUUUAAGAUCUCGAUUCUUCGGAAGCCGACUCCGUUCCGUGGGUUCAGACGUGGUCUCUGUGAGACUGGCCAGCGGGCCCCAGUUAUUAAUACGUGGUACGAAUGUUGUGCAUUUGUUUAAAAUCAGGAUAGUCUGCAAUAACGCAGUGGCCAACAACGGGGCAUGUGCAGUGCCAACACCGCACUGCGCUGCUUAUAAACAUCACAGCGAGGUAAAAUCACACGGAGAGGUGUUGGGCAUGUGCAAUUUUAGAAUUUAUAUCACAAUAUUUAUUACUAUAAUGUACAACGCAAAACCACAGCAGAAGCAACUUUUAUGCUAAGCGUUAGCCUUCAGGGUGGAGCUUAAGUUCAGUUUGAACAUCCAGUCACAAAUGUGAUCAUGUUACGUCACCUAGAUUUUGUUUUUGUUGUCCUCAGCUUAAACUAGGAUCGAGCCUUAGUAUUUUAUACUAACGUUUAUGGCACAGUACCGUAUAGCAUUGUUGGCUAACAAACGUUAAUGUUAUUUCUGUUGCUCUAGAGCUCAGAUGUUGCAUAGCUGGCGAAUAAACUAUUUUUAUUGUAAUUUAAAACUAGUAUUUUGCACUGCCUAGCAAGUGUUAAUUAGGCUGUUUGUGUAGAAACCAGUAAAUGUGUUUUUUCUAGCAAGCUAAUAAUUACUAGCUAAAUUAAAUGGCUGACAUUUUGUGAACGACCGUGUGUAAUUACAGACUGUAGAUUACGCUAAAGCACUACUUCAGGUUAAAGGAAUGCAGUAGUGUCUGAUUUGUGAUUGGUUGGUUGAUCAAUAAGCUUCGCCCUUGUUGACUGAGAAACAUUGGCACAGUGAGGAUAUUUUAAAACUUUAUCUCUCAUUUUGAAUAUUGUGAUAUAAGGCUAAUCGACACAUGCCUCCUGGGUAUAUAUAUACAUAUAUUGACGAUAUGUACCUUAAUGCCACAUCGAGUAUAAAUCUGUGUGUCCGGGUUCUGUUUAUGAACGUGGAGAACGUUUAUAAGCAUUGUUUUUGCAAAAAAAAAAAAAAAAUUUAAGAAAAACUGGUUUUACCAUCUUAAAGAAGUGUAAUAUUUGGGCAGGUGUGUUAUGUCUGCUCUUUUGUCUCCAGUGAGCACAUAGCAUUGGAUUUUCUAUGUACAUCUCCAAACAGGAAGUCCUCUGGCACAUGGGGUGAACAUGCCAGGCAGGGAGAGAUUUUUAAUCAUUUACAGAAAAAGAUCUGAGAUCUGUUUCACCGUAAAACGAAGGAAAAAAACCUACGAUCCAAACAAACCGUAACUGAUGUGUUGGAUAAAACCAGCAUGAUUUGUUGAUUUGAAUCAAUGUGGAAUGAAUGCAAUUUAUUUUAAUCAGUAAAUAAAAAUGAUUUAAAAAAGAA